AUGCUCCGUCUCAUCCUGCGGCUCAGGCCGUCCGCCGGGCUCCCCUGUCCCCGUGCCCUCCCGGCCGGGCCUGCUGCUUCUCUCGGCUCUCGCUCCGCGCACGGAACCGGCUGUCUGAGGCGGCUUCACUGUGGAGCAGCGUCCCGGGCCGUGAGUGCGGGUUCCGGCUUCAGCCACAGAGCGGCCGUGUGGCGGUGUCCCCCACAAACGGGCCGCUGUCAGGGCGUACGGUUCUACAGUCUGCCACCGCACCAGAAGGUGGAGCUUCCUGCUUUGUCACCCACUAUGCAGACAGGAACAAUCGCUCGCUGGGAGAAGAAGGAGGGUGAGAAAAUUGGAGAGGGUGACCUCAUAGCUGAGGUGGAGACUGACAAGGCCACUGUUGGCUUUGAGAUGCUGGAGGAGUGUUAUCUGGCCAAGAUCCUUGUACCUGAAGGAACGAGAGACGUCAGUGUUGGAUCAGUGAUCUGCAUCACAGUUGACAACCCCGACCUCAUCCCAGCCUUUAAGGACGUAACUUUGGACUCCAUUAAUGCAGCUGGUGCAGCUCCUUCUGCCGCUGCCUCUGCUCCUCCUCCUCCUCCUCCACCUGCUGCUGCAGCUCCUCCUGCAGCCCCAGGCAGCUCGUAUCCAACACACUUGAAGAUCGCACUUCCUGCCCUCUCACCCACAAUGACGAUGGGCACCGUGCAGCGCUGGGAGAAGAAGGUCGGGGAGAAGCUGAGUGAGGGAGAUCUGCUGGCUGAGAUUGAGACGGAUAAAGCAACCAUUGGCUUUGAGGUGCAGGAGGAGGGCUAUUUGGCCAAAAUUAUGGUUCCAGAAGGAACUCGGGAUGUUCCCCUGGGGACACCACUCUGCAUCAUCGUAGAAAAAGAAAGUGACAUCGCUGCCUUCAAGGAUUACGUUGAGACUGGAGUGGCAGAGGUUUCCACACCACCCCCAGCUCCAGCACCAGCUGCAGUGCCAACUCCUGCAGCAGCUUCCACUCCCACUCCUGCCCCUGCAGCUGCUGUACCUGCAGGACCCAGGAAAGGCCGCGUGUUUGCCAGCCCACUCGCCAAGAAACUUGCUGCUGAGAAAGGAAUUGACCUGGCGCAGGUCAGCGGUUCUGGUCCUGAUGGACGCAUCACCAGGAAAGAUAUCGACACCUUUGUUCCACCAAAAGCUGCUCCUGCUGUGGCUGCUGCUCCUGCUCCAGCUGCUGCUCCAGCUGCUCCUGCACCUGCAGCGGCUGCACCUGCUGGGACCUACACAGACAUCCCCAUCAGCAACAUCCGCAAAGUCAUUGCUCAGAGGUUGAUGCAGUCCAAGCAAACCAUCCCGCACUAUUAUCUGUCUGUAGAUGUCAACAUGGACCAAGUGUUGGAGCUUCGGAAAGAACUCAAUGCUGAGGUGAAAGCUCAGAAUAUCAAACUUAGCGUGAACGACUUCAUCAUCAAAGCCAGCGCUCUGGCCUGCCUCAAGAUUCCUGAGUGUAAUUCCUCCUGGAUGGAAACAGUAAUUCGCCAGAAUCAUGUGGUAGACGUCAGUGUGGCAGUGAGCACAGCCAGCGGUCUCAUCACACCCAUCGUGUUCAACGCUCACACCAAAGGACUGGCCUCCAUCAGCUCUGAUGUGUCGGCUCUGGCUGCCAAAGCAAGGGAAAACAAACUGCAGCCGCAUGAAUUCCAGGGAGGAACGUUCACUAUCUCUAAUUUGGGAAUGUUUGGUAUCAAGAACUUCUCAGCGAUAAUCAACCCUCCUCAGGCCUGUAUCCUCGCUGUCGGAGGCUCAGAGAAGCGGCUGAUUCCUGCUGAUAAUGAAAAAGGGUUUGAUGUAGUGAAUAUAAUGUCGGUGACACUGAGCUGUGAUCACCGUGUUGUGGACGGCGCGGUCGGCGCACAGUGGCUUGCAGAGUUCCGUAAAUUCUUGGAGAAACCCGUCACUAUGCUGUUGUGAUCGGACUAUACUGCCAUCAAAACUGCAGAAGAAGGCCUGUCCUCUCACUGAAGAGAUCUGAUUGGUGGUCCACAUCAGUCCUAUUCCUCCUGUGAUUGGCCGGCCCACCACCAGGUCACUCCCAGUUACCCUGAAGGGGAAGAGGCAGACGUCACUCCACUUACCUGACUGUUUCACUGUCUCUGUCUGUCUUUCUGUCCUCUCUCACUCAUUCUAUUUAUUGAGGCCCCCCUCUCAUGAGAGACCAGAGUUAGGUCUAAUUUAUCUAGAGUAGAGACUGACCAUAAGUCACUAAAACAUGUUUUUGCAAAGGGAAGAGUUACAUGUCCAACCAGUGAGCGUAUUAAUCCUCUGUGUGUAUGUGUGUGUGAGAGCUCGUAUACACUUUAUCUGAUUAUGUGUGAAUGUGAUAAAGGCAGGAAGUGCAGCCCUGUGGGUGUCAGUCAUUUCAACAAAAGAUUGUGACUUUUGUCUGAUGGAUUAAAUGUAUGUUCGCCUUUACUAUGUUACACAGGCACAUAAAGCUGUCCCUGAUCCAUCUCACACACAUACAUUCACAACUGGCAGACAUGAAUAUGGUGUGUUUUCAGCGGGUUGUUGCCGCAGCAUGUAAAUUCCAGAGGCAGUGCUGUAAAUAUGGCAGCUGUAGCUCUGUGCUGAAAUAACGGUUCUGCUGCCGCCUCACCACGUAUGAUGUAACACCUGUACAGUCUGAAAAGGAAGAAAGCUCUAAAAGAAUAACCCAACAGUUCUGCCAAUUCUCUCUCUUCAGUGGAGAUAUUUAUUUUCUAGUCUCCUACUUUAAAGUCCUUUUAAAAUACUCUGUACUUUGCAGCUGAAACGCACAAAGCUGGUGCUGGAUGUUAUUUGUUAUUUGAAUAAAUUGGGAGAAGUUAACUCAGUGCCAAAGGCUCUAAUGUUUGGGUUUUUGUCACAAAACUUACACUAAAAGCCCAAAAUGAAUGAAAAACAUGACACCAAGUAUGUUUAAUAGUGUUAAAAUUGUGCAUAAAUAUUUAGCUUGAAACAGAAAGUCAACAGUAUUCAACUGAUAAUAAAUGUUACCGAAACAGAAGAGCUUUACAACAAAUGGAUCAAAAUGAAGUGGAGUUAUGUUCAAACAAACAGUAUUGGAAUAAUAAUGCAGUAUAUAAACAAAAGGAAACUGACAAAAGCAACGGGUCCAUUGAAACAAAGCCAUGACAGAUGCAAAUACAACUUAAAGACAAAUAAAUGGAAGCUAAAGAGUAGGUGAGUGAAAAAAGAACUUCAGAAUGAUAAAAGUACUGAUUCUGUGUUGUAUUGAUUCUUUGCAGAGGAAUUAAAGAUGUGAACCUGGA